UCUUUCUCUCAGAAGCGUGAUGGCGGCGAGCAGCGUUGCAUCCGCGGCGGCUCCCCUCCUGUCUCUCGACCCGGAGCGGCAGCGCGAGUUCCAGGCUGAGGUGCACCGGGUGCGCAAGGCGGCCUCCAAGAAUCAGAAGGUGAAACCUGGCGUUGUUUACGUGGGUCACAUCCCGAGAGGCCUCUACGAGUCGCAGCUCAAGCAGUACUUCAGCCAGUUUGGGACAGUGACUCGGCUUCGCCUUUCGCGGAGUAAAAAG